UGCAAUUUGUUGCUGUAAGGCGUAGGCAUUGCAUAAUCUGUAGUCACCUAAUAACAAGCCUGAUGCCACCAGUUAGGAAACACACUAUAAAAGCACAGUCUUUUCGUCUUUCUCUGCAUCCAAUCAUCUGUGUUACAAGCUUGGACAGACUCCUAGCUUUAAAAAUUUCUUACGAUCAUUUAAUUUCCUUUUCUUCUCGAGGGAAAAUAUCAGAAAUCUUCUUUCAGAGAGAUGGGUUUUAACAGUCAUCUGACAAGAGCCAUGUUAAUAAGAGCUACUGUGUUCGCUCUGUUUAGUCUCUGUAUUUUUCCUGAGAUGAUAGUUGCAAAGCAUGCAGGCAUUACUAGGCACUACAAGUUCACUAUCAUACUGCAAAAUGCGACAAGAUUGUGCCAGACAAAGAGUAUUGUCACUGUGAAUGGGCAGUUCCCUGGACCUAGAAUUAUAGCAAGGGAAGGCGAUAGACUCUUGAUUAAGGUCGUUAACCAUGUUCAGUACAAUGUCACCCUCCAUUGGCAUGGAGUUAGACAACUGAGGAGCGGAUGGGCAGACGGACCUGCCUACAUCGCACAGUGCCCAAUUCAAACAGGACAGAGUUAUGUUUACAAUUUCACAGUAACUGGUCAAAGAGGAACCUUGUUUUGGCAUGCUCACAUCUCUUGGCUAAGAGCGAGUCUUUAUGGUCCCAUUGUCAUCCUACCUAAGAAGGAUGCUUCUUACCCAUUUCCCCAGCCUCACAAAGAAGUCCCUAUCAUUUUUGGGGAAUGGUGGAAAGCAGACACAGAAGUCAUUAUAAACCAAGCAAUGCGAACAGGAGGAGCACCAAAUGUCUCUGAUGCCUUCACUAUUAAUGGUCUUCCAGGACCUUUAUAUAAUUGUUCUGCCAAAGAUACAUUUAAGCUGAAGGUGAAGCCUGGAAAAACAUAUAUGCUUCGUUUAAUCAAUGCCGCACUGAACGAUGAACUCUUCUUCAGCAUUGCAAACCACACUCUCACUGUUGUUGAAACUGAUGCAGUUUAUGUCAAACCCUUUAAAACCCACACCGUCAUAAUCACUCCAGGACAAACCACAAAUGUCCUCCUCAAGGCCAAAGCCAAGGCACCUAAUGCUACCUUUUUAAUGGCAGCAAGACCUUAUGCCACUGGUCCAGCUGCUUUUGAUAACACAACCACCGCUGGAAUACUAGAAUAUGAGAAUCCUUCUCUCUCAAGCUCCAAGAACAAGAGCAAGAAAUUUCCACUUCUGAAACCUUCACUUCCAAUGUUUAAUGACACCGCAUUUUCCAUGAGAUUCUCUAAGAAAGUCCGUAGCCUCGCAACUGUAAAAUUCCCAGCUAAAGUCCCCCAAAAGGUUGAUAGGCAUUUCUUUUUCACAGUUGGGCUAGGGAUACUCCCUUGCUCAAGAAACCAAACCUGCCAAGGACCCAACAACACUAGAGUAGCAGCUUCUAUCAACAAUGUGUCAUUUGUGCAGCCAAACAUAGCUCUUCUGCAAGCUCACUUCUUUGACCAAUCAAAGGGUGUGUAUACAACUGAUUUUCCGGCCAACCCACCAUUCAAAUUUAACUACACAGGAACACCGCCCACCAAUAUUAUGGCAACAAGUGGCACCAAGGUGGUUGUACUGCCUUUUAAUACCAAUGUGGAACUAGUAUUGCAAGACACUGGUAUUAUUAGUGCAGAGAGCCAUCCUCUGCAUCUCCAUGGUUUUAACUUCUUUGUAGUGGGACAAGGUUUUGGCAAUUUUGACGCCAAGAAUGACCCUGCCAAGUUCAAUCUUUUCGACCCUGCUGAGAGAAAUACUAUAGGUGUACCUUCUGGUGGUUGGGUUGCUAUAAGGUUCCUUGCAGAUAAUCCAGGCGCUUGGUUCAUGCACUGUCAUCUAGAAGUACACACUAGCUGGGGCCUCAAGAUGGCCUGGAUUGUGACAGACGGGAAGCGGCCUCAUCAGAAGCUGCCCCCUCCGCCCUCUGAUCUCCCCAAAUGUUAACUUUCCCACAAAUUUAGCUUUGUGACUUAUCAAAUUUUCUUUACCUCUUUCUCAUAAACGUUUCUUCUAGUUCCCAACAAAGGUAAACCAUGAAAGAUUUGUAGGGUCAUUGUUUAUGAUAAUUACUCUCCUGUACCAACCCAGUGAAAGAAAUGGAUGGGUUUUAGAGUAGCCUAUUAAACUUUAACACUGUUCAUUCAAUUAUUGUAUUUGGGAAAACAUAUUGAAUAAGAUACCAUUCUUGCAUGU